AUGGCCAAAGCAGCUGAUCUCGUACAAAAACGACUUGAAGUAGAAAUUAAAACAUUGAUUUCACGUCGUGAACAUGAAUUUCGAUCAAUACAAAUAUUAUAUGAUAUAUCGAGGGAAGUACAAAAAGAUAAGUCUAAAUUAUCUAGUUUUCGUGCCAGAUAUAAAAAUAUAGAAUCCCUGAAGGAAAGUUUUUAUGAAAUUAAUCAGACAAUUAAUUUAAAACAUUUGGAAGCAGGGUGGAGUAGCGAACCCGAUACAAAACUUUUAGAGUCUUUUGACGAGUUGUAUUAUAGUGUUAUUGAAAUUGCAGAGGUAGUUUUAUCUACUAAAAUGUCAGACCCACAGUUGAUGACUAUACCUUCGUCUUCUAUAGAAAAUAAGCCGUAUCAAGUUCGCUUACCGAAGUUACAUGUACCUAUAUUUGAUAGUAAUAUAAUUAAUUUUCAAACAUUUAAGGAUAGUUAUUUACCUUUAAUACAUAAUAACAACUCAUUAUCAGAUAUAGAAAAAUUCCAUUAUUUGAUUUCGUGUCUAUCUGGGUUUGCCUUAACCAUUGCAAAGGGUGUUCCUCUGACCGCUUCUAAUUAUUCGGUAGUAUUUCAAGCUUUAUUAGACAGAUAUGACAACAAGCGUGUUUUAGCUACUGCCUAUCUCGAUAAAAUUUUUAGUUUAUCUCCUUUGCAUAAAGUGUCAAUCGCAGGUUUAAAUGUAUUGACAAAUACGUUAUAUGAAAGUGUAAACGCACUCCGAGCGUUAAAUAUCGAGUUGCUCGAUGAAGUUAUAUUAUUUUAUUUAGCGGCUCGCGUACUAGAUGGCGACACUCGUCAGCGGUUUGAGUUACAAAACAAACAAGAAAUACCAACAUUUGAAAGUCUAUUAACUUUCCUACAAAAUUAUAUUAAAAUUUUGGAAGUUAGUAAUUCUUCUUCUUCCUCACAUGAUUAUAACAUAAAAUCAAUUCGAAAUAAAUCCGAAGUAUACAGUCCACGUAAUAAACAGUCGAAGUCUUCCUUUGUUUCAUCCACUAAUACUAAUGAUAAACAAAACCAACAGAACAAUAAACUUCAUUGUCCAUGUUGUGAUUCUUCUCAUAGUAUUUAUAAGUGUUUUAAAUUUCAAAAAAUGAGCGUCGAUGCUAGGUGGCAAUUAAUUAACGAUAUAAAAUUAUGCUCAAAUUGUUUACGAACGGGUCACAAUCCGAGCAAUUGUUUGUCGAAAAUAAAUUGUUUUAUUUGUGGUUCCCGACAUAAUACAUUUUUGCACACUGACGCUCCGAUGUGCGCGCCCACCACGAGUACAUACUUACAAGUAGAUACCUCUUCCCCGAGUAUGUCUAUAAAUGACAAUCAUCAAAACAAGGAGUCGCUUCAGGGAGAUUGUAUAAAUGCUACGCUAACAAGUACAGUUCCUCCGGGAAAUCAAUCGACAAAAAUCUUAGGUUCCGCGAUUAUACGCAUUCGUGACUCCUAUGGUAAUUUACACCAGGCAUGUGCGCUCAUAGAUAGUGGUAGCAUGGAUUCAUUUAUUACCAGUUCUUGUGUUCAUAAACUUGAGUUACCGGUGCGUAAGUGUGAUAUGUCGGUGACAGGAUUGGGUCAGAAUUCUGUACAAUGUAUAAAGGGUGUUACAUAUGGUUCGAUUAUGCCUAAGCAUUGUGAUGAACCGUGUUUUCAAUUGCCAUUAAUAGUUAUUCAAAAAAUUACAUCAAACAUUCCGGUUGUGCCAUUACCAUCAGAUGUUAGAGAAAAGUUUAGUCAUCUUUAUCUAGCUAACGAUAACUUUGACAAACCAUGUAAAGUCGAUAUUUUGCUUGGAGUAGAAUGUUUCGAUCGCAUAUAUGAUGGAGGUCGCUUUGCUCCGGAUCCCGAGUUUCCAUGUGCCUUAUCAAGUGUCUUCGGGUGGGUCAUUACCGGCCAAUUACGUCAUACUACAGUACUGACACCUUCUAAAUAUGUGACUUCUCUUUUAACUUCAACUAAUCGAUUGGAUAACGUGGUACAACGGUUUUGGGAGACUGAAGAACCUCCCACGACUCGUAUAAAGGUACCGGAAGAUGACAUAUGUGAACAACAGUAUAAACAAUACACUUACCGCGAUUCAGACGGUCGUUAUGUUGUACCCAUAAUGUUAAAAGAUAAUUUCCCUGUAUUAGGUAAUUCCAGUCAGCUUGCUUUAAACCGUUUUCUAAACUUAGAGAAACGUAUGUCUAACGACGUCGGUUUGAAAUCAGAGUACGUGGAAUUCAUGCGCCAGUAUGAAGAAUUAGGUCAUAUGGAUGCCUGGGAAUCUUCUUGUGAAGAUCGAAAUUAUAUUAUUCCUCAUCAUUGUGUUGUUAAACCUGAUAGCACAACUACUCGUCUACGGGUAGUAUUUGAUGCUAGCUGUAUGACAACAAAUAAUAAGUCGUUAAAUGACAUUGUGCACGUAGGUCCGAAACUUCAGAUUGAUAUUAUCGAUUUGAUUACUAAAUUUCGCCUACACCCGAUUGUCUUUACGGCGGAUAUAUGUAAAAUGUAUCGGCAAAUACUGAUUCGGCCGGAAGAUAGGUCGUAUCAGCAUAUAUUUUGGCGCGAUGAACCUAAUGGUCCCAUUAAAGAAUAUGAGCUGAAUACGGUUACAUAUGGAGUAAGUAGUUCUCCGUAUUUGGCUAUAAGAACUUUGCAUCAGCUAGCUGAUGAUUAUAGUAAUCAAUUUCCUCUCGCUGCUCAAGUGUUGCGCGAAGAGACUUUCAUGGACGACAUAACAUCAGGUGCCGUCUCCAUAGAAGCUGCUAAACAAUUAAAGGAAGAAUUAGUUACUUUAUUGCAGCUAGGCAAAUUCGAAUUGCGUAAAUGGAGCAGCAACUGUUUAGAAAUCCUUUCCGACAUUCCGUCAGAAUAUUGUCAGUCUUCUAAAUUGUUCACUGAACCUAAUAGUGAACACACAUUAAAGAUUUUAGGAAUUAAGUGGGAUCCUUUGUGUGACCAAUUUUCAUAUUCUUUUUCUAACGAAUUUAAGGUCGAGUACACAAAAAGAUCUAUUCUCUCCAUAAUUGCAAGAAUCUUUGAUCCUCUCGGCUGGAUAUGUCCAGUUGUUUUUUCCGCCAAGCUGUUGCUACAAGAGAUGUGGCGACUCAAGUUGAUGUGGGAUGAACCCAUACCUUACAGUCUUGCCAAGCAAUGGCAUAUUCUUGCUGCUAAUUUAUCAGAUUUACAAUCAAUUAAGCUACCGCGUUUGGUACUGCCUCCGGAUUCUUCAGAAUUACAUCUUGUGGGAUUCUGUGACGGUAGUUCUAAGGGGUACGGAUGUUGUGUUUAUUUGUGUGCGGUGACUGCACAAGGCACUACAACUAGUUUACUCAUAGGCAAAUCUAAGAUUGCCCCGUUGAAGCCUUUAACGACUAACCGGCUUGAGUUGUGCGCCGCUGUGUUGCUGGCCCGUGUACUCAAACACAUGUAUGAGCUUUUAAACCCAAAAUUAAAAUUUAAAUCCGUUAAGGCAUUUACAGAUAGUAGUACUGUCUUAUCCUGGUUACAUACCGCACCUCAUCUACUUAAAACUUUUGUAGCAAAUCGGGUAGUACUGAUUACAGAUUUAAUUAAUUCUGAAUUAUGGUUCCAUGUCUCUACACAUGAUAAUCCGGCAGAUUGUUGUAGUCGUGGUACUACAUGCACAGUUCUAGCUGAUCACCAUCUUUGGUGGACUGGCCCAUCUUGGCUUCGCCAGACUCCUAUGAAUUGGCCUAUACAAAACAUUGUCGCAAAUGAGCAAGAGUUGCCUGAAUUAAAACCUCUCACUGUGGACUGUUUGGUGAGUGGUCCACCAGAUAAUUUAUUAACCAAUCUAAUUUCCAGAGUUUCAUCUCUUUCAAGGCUACAAAGAAUUCUAGCUUGGUGUUUGCGAUUCAUCAAAAAUAUUAAGUUACGUCGGGAUCGCCGUAAUUCAUUUCCGUUAUCGACGUCUGAACUAAAUGACGCAUUGAUUCUCUUAGUAAAGCAUGUUCAAAUUGAUUACUUUUCCCAAGAGUUGAGACUCCUUCAGGAAGGUUUGUACUGUACAAAGUCCAUUCAAAAACUAAGUCCGUUUCUCGACGAAGUUGGUAUAAUACGAGUGGGGGGUCGUAUUCGACAUUCAAAUUUACCUCAUACCGUAAAGCACCCGAUUUUAUUACCAAAAUUAUCUAUAUUAUCGCAGCUAGUCGUGGACAGCUAUCAUUUGAAGUACUUGCACUGUGGUCCUCGCACUUUGCAGUCACUAGUUUGUAGAACUUUUUGGAUACUUGGACUGCGACUAUUGAUACGCUCUCGGUUAUCUAAGUGCGUAAUUUGUUUCAAAUCUAAACCUUUUCCUUGUCAACCCUCCAUGGGUGACUUACCCGUUGAAAGACUUCAGUCAGGUAGAUGUUUUCAAACUACUGGAAUAGAUUUCGGUGGGCCAUUUAUGCUAAAAGAAAGUAGACGUCGAAAUGCCCGUACAUAUAAAGCUUGGAUAUGUUUGUUUAUCUGUCUAAGCGUAAAGGCUGUCCAUUUGGAAGUAGUCACUGAACUAAGUACAGAGGCCUUUCUUGCUGCCCUUGAUCGGUUCGUUUCAAGGCGCAACAUUUGUCAUAAAAUUAUAUCUGAUUGUGGCACGAAUUUCGUAGGCUCAAAUCGUUAUUUGAAUGAAAUGUAUAAAAUGUUCUACGAAAAUCGUCGUGAUAUUUCUGAUGGACUCGCCGUCAGACGUAUUCGCUGGGAGUUUAAUCCCCCCGGCUCACCUCACUUCGGGGGUAUAUUCGAAAGUGGAAUAAAAUCCACAAAAUACCACUUGAAGCGUGUAGUGGGCGCACAGGUCUUGACAUUGGAGGAAAUGUUUACUGUAGUUACCAAAAUUGAAGCUGUUUUAAAUUCGAGACCUCUUUGUGCGCUUUCCUCGGACCCUAAUGAGGUUGAUGUACUGACACCAGGCCAUUUUUUAGUUGGAGGUCCUCUCAUAAGUUUGCCUGAGAUUCCUCUAGAGGAUAAUACUUCCAACCUGCGUUCUCGUUGGCUAAUGUUACAGAAAAUUACACAAAUGUUUUGGCGGAUUUGGCAGAUUGAUUACCUUCACACUCUUCAACAGAGAAAUAAAUGGUUAAAAACUAAAGAUAAUAUUAAAAUUAACGAUCCAGUUAUCUUGAUGGAUUCUAACCUGCCACCCUUGUCGUGGAAAUUAGCUAAAAUAGUACAAGUUCACCCGGGUCGUGACAAUGUUAUUAGAGUGGUUUCAGUAAAAACGGCAAGCGGCAAUAUUCUUAAACGUCCCGUAGUAAAGUGUAAAAAGUGCAAAUUGUUCGUAUCAAUGAGCAAGGAUGACAUUUUAUCAUGUAAAGGGUUGUGUGGAACAGUUUACCAUAAAAAAUGUGCUAAUAAACAGUAUAAACAAACAGGAUUAUGUGAAGUGUGUCAAAGAAGUGAAAGUAGCCCAAAGUUUUCAACACCGAAGCUCAAUGUUGAUUUGCAGAAGACUAGCGCAGAGACCUUGUUGUCAGAAGUCAAUAAAAAACUGGAAGUGUUAUACGACAUGCAGAAAAAGAUAGAAGACCUAACGGAAAGUGUAGAAUUUUACGCUGACCAGUACCAAAAAAUGCAGGAGUUUAAGGAAACUGCUGAGAAAAAGAUUAAUGCAUUAGAAAACAAGAAUAUAUAUCUAGAGAAGGUUAAUGAAGCAUUAGAGGAAAGAGUAUUAUUGUUAGAAGAAAAACAGGUUGAGAGAAAUAUUGAGAUUGUUGGUGUCGAGGAUAUGGAAAAAGAAGACACAAAAAAGCAAAUACCUGAAAACCAAGAUAUCAUCAUAGUUGGAGAUAUGAAUAUAAACUUAAUGGAAAAUAGCUUAAUUGGAGAGAAAUAUAAAAACAUGUUGUGUGACAGCGGCCUACAAAGUGCUAUCAACGAGUGCACGCGGGAAGAAAUAGUGGGGGGCCGGCUUGUGUCGUCUUGUAUUGACCAUGUAUGGGUGCGCAGCAGACAUCGCAUCGCCGCACACAUGCUCACGUGUAAAAUAUCAGAUCAUUAUAUGAUCGGUGUGAACUUAGAGACUGGCAUUGGUUGUAGUGAACCGUGCAAUAAUAAACAGAAAGUUACACCAGUCCAUAUUGAAAAAAUUAUAAGUAAAUUAAAUUCUAGAAAGUCUCCAGGAGCAGAUGGAAUUAGAGUAAUAGAUUUAAAAAUGUGGAAUGCUGCACCCCUACCUGUAUACGACGGCGGGGCUCCAGAGGAAGAUGAGGAAUCGACCCUAGACCACCAAAGACCUACUGCCGCGCCCGACCAUCUGCGACAAGUGUUUCUAGUGUUCCUUGCGUGGUUUAACAGAAUUAAUCGGAACAGCAGACAAACAUCCAUCAAGGGAGGCAGGUAG